GCCUGUCAUCUGGCCUUUUCAUCCCCUCCCCCGAUCGUCCCCUCCAUCCUCCCUCAUAAAUACCCUUCCCUGUCUCCCUCCCCCCUCCAUCUUCUUCUAGCGUUCUUUUUGUCUUGUCCUGUCUGUCCCAUCGCGGUUUCUUUCUUUGAUCUGAGGAACCGGUCUUAAUCUGAAAAAAAUAAUUCAAAACAACACAAAAAAAAAAAACACAAUAAUCAUUCAGAGUUACUCUUGUGCCAUGACCUAGUCGCACUUGCUCUUACACUUGAUACACCGUUUGAUCCAAGUAUCAAGAUAUGUCCAUGUCCGAUCUUGCCUCCAAAGUCAAGCAGUUCGGCCUGACGCAAGUCUACUGCUCCGUCCAAAAGCCUCUCGUUGAUAUCGUCUUUGUCCAUGGAUUAAACGGGAACCCGUACAACAGCUGGACGAGCAAGUCCACGGGCACCUUUUGGCCCGCGGAUCUCUUGCCAGAGGUUCUCGAUGUCAACGAGGUCAGAGUCAGGGUUUUGACGUAUGGUUACAAUGCCAAUGUUCAUUCUUUUACCGAUGGUGCUUCCAAAGAUCGUAUCCACAACCAUGCUGAGACUCUUGCCUCUGGGCUUGCAGCCAACCGAAAUCUUCGAGGAUGCUCUGACCGCCCCAUUAUCUUCGUCUGUCAUUCACUGGGAGGCUUGGUUGUGAAACGAGCCCUGAUCUACUGCCGAAGUGUGUCAAAUGAAAAGAUCGAGCAUCUCAGGUCUAUCUUCGUCUCAACGUACGGCAUUCUUUUCCUGGGUACUCCUCACAAUGGAUCUGAUGUUGCAAAAUGGGGACUGUUACUGCAAAACAUCUGCAGCGCUGUCAUGCCAAAGAAGUUCAUGGAGUCCUCUCCGCAGCUUGUCGAGGCUCUCCGUUCAAACAACGAGACCCUUCAGAACAUCAACAGCCUCUUCGCUGAUGUUAUGGGAAGAUUCCAUAUCUAUUUCUUUCACGAAACCCGAUCCACGGAUGUCAAGGGUACCCGUGAAUUGAUUGUGGACGAGAGCUCGGCGGCGCCCUAUGCAGAGGGUACAGAACGUAUGGGUAUCGAGGCGGACCAUAGUCAUAUGUGCAAGUUUGAUGAUGAGAAUUCUCCUGGAUAUGAGGCGGUGGCGGAGGCUCUUCUGAGAUAUUCCCGGGAUGCCCCUGAUAUGAUCGCGGAUCGAUGGGUUGAGGAGAAGAGGACCCGGUUAGUGAUGAGGCAAGCCAAGGCAAGCGAGAUAUUCCAUGAACAACGGGUAGAUGGACCAAUGAUAAACGUACCAGAUCGCCCCUCAAUGAUUGGUACUCUAUCUCCACCGGAUCGAAUGACUGCAAGUCUCCCAGACCCGCGUGUCCUAGCAAUUGAACCUCCCCCGAACGAACCACCCUCGCACAUCGAACCUCUGCUUGUUGCACCACCAGGCUUUCAUCCCAAUGCGACUUUUGUUGGGAUGCAAAAAGAGCUCGAUAUAUUACAUGCCCGGUUAUUCAAAGCGAAAAAGCGCGCUGAGCGCCUCGUCGCUGUUCUCAUCUGCGGUGUCCCAGGAUCAGGAAAGUCCCACCUUGCCCGGCAGUACGUCUGGACCUAUCGUGAAAACUAUCCCGGAGGUAUAUUCUGGGUUGAUUCCAAGUCUCGCGAAUCGAUAUCUAAAUGCUUUUGGGACAUUGCGCAAGCGGCCACCUUGACUGAUGGUGGAGAAUUUCAGCAUCCCGACUCCAAGGCACCCCAGAAGUAUGUGGAGGUAGUUCGCAACUGGUUUCAGGCACGGGAAGAAUGGCUUCUUGUCUUUGACGGGAUCACCUUUAACCAUGAUGGUGACCUCAAUCAUUUCAAGCAGUUUCUUCCAUUCAACAAGAAAUGUAGCAUCAUUUACACAUCCGUUGACAAAACUCUCAGAAAGAAACAACGGCUGUAUGAGCCAUACUGUCUUGUGGUCCCCUCUCUAACGGUUGAAGAUGCAUGCAAGCUUCUAUUCAAGGAUUUGGCCAUCAAGACACCUACCAGGGAACAGGCCCGUAAGGCUACUGACUUGGUCAAUCACUAUGAAGGCUUACCUUUGGCAAUUCAUGCCAUCAGCCAUCGCCUUAGUGCGACUUCCAAGCCAAUUGAAAAAUAUCAUAUCAACUCCCACUUGACAGAUGAGAAACUUGCGGAGCCAUUUUUGGGGAUCAUGCACGAUCUCUUUCGGUUGGAACACCAUCAAGCAUUGAACCUAAUCAACCUUUUGUCCUUCUUCGGCCACCAUGUACCCGUUGGUAUGUUGCUUCUAGGUAAAGCGGCCUUGGAGACAUGGAAUAUGGAUAUCCUGGCCAGCAGCCGACCUGGGGAGCGUGGUGAGAUCGAUACAACACUGGGGAUUCUCAUCCGAUAUGGUCUUAUCGAAAGAACCACCGACACCUACUCCCUGCCACAGACAAGUUUCUCGCAAAAGUCCGAUGGAGACGACACGGUAGAUAUGAAAGCCAUUAUCCCGGAUUUAUCCGAGUCACAGACCGAGAGCAGCCAGGAUGCAUUCUUUGCCGUCUACCAGAAUUCUGGCACUAUCGAUGUGAUCAAAAUCCAUGGCGUUGUCCAAGGCUUUUGUCGGGAUGAGCUCAAGAUCAUGGACGAGGAGAGAAAGGCCACUAAAAGACCCUCUGGUGACACCGGAUUUUACGAUUCAUGGCUGCUUGUUGCAACCCGAGUGUUUUGCAAGUCCUAUGAGAAUGCAAAGCAUAAGAUGCAGUGUUCCGAUGAUCGUGGAUUGGUUAGAGAUUAUCGAGAGUACGAGACUCACGCAUGCAGGUUGCUUCAGAACUUUCCCAAGAAAUCAACAGCAUCGAGCUUGGUGCGCGAAGCUCGCGACGAUCUGAGACAAGUGAUAAAAAGCAUUGGCAAGGAAAUCGAAAACAUCUCCCCCAGCUCCUCUCAGGAAUCCCUCCAAAAACACAGAUCUGUCUUUGACCGAACAAGUAGCUCGUCUUCAUCGGUUCCCGGGUCAUCGGCAGACGAGGCACCCUCGCGACAAUUGACCUGGGAUUUCAAUGAUGAGGAUUCUCCCAAAGUUGAAUCACCACAACAGGAAAUUCCAGUGUCACAGCAACACUUUAACCUGCGGCCAUUCCCUCCCCAUAUAUAUCGAGAGUCUAGUCUGAUUGGCUAUGAGGCCGACGAAGAGCCUGGGGCUUUUGUUCGGACCUCUCCGGCGCUUUCACAAAUGAGCCAGGUAACAGAAAAGCCCAUUCCAGCCCAAGAACCAGAUCUGCCUCAUUUGGGGGAUGAGCGGGAUUGGAAGCUUGUCCCACCAAAGCCUCGAUCAACCAAAGGAAGGCAGUCGAAAAGGAGAUCCAAAUUCCCCCGCAACAUCCAUGGUCCUGAGCCCGCGGCCCCUAUUCUCCAUGUAUCUCCAGUGGAAGGAAGAAGUGCGUCAAGCGGGUCUUUGGGCAAAGGCCGAAGGGGUUCCCAGGUUUCGGCGACCGAAUCACUCGCUGCUAUGCAUGCAGCUAGUCCACCACUAUCUCGCGGAGGAAGUGGUCAUACGGUGAGCACAGUGAAUACAGAAACCACUCAGCCACCGUCGGACAAAGAAAAUGUUCCUACCUAUGCUACUGUAGCAGCCAAGCGCGCACAUGAGAUAGCAGCAGCGGCGAAACCACGAUCAUCAUCGACGCCUGGUGGUCGACACCGUCCAACAUUCCUGCAAUUGCAGAGCAAGUCUUCUACCGAGUCCCUGCGAAGUCGAGCCAGUAAUGCCCAGGCGUCGCCGCUUGCCAGCGAGUUCAGACCAGAUCAGAUGAGCCAGUCGACUUAUAGCGAGCCCAGUCAAAACAUUCUUGCGCAUAGAUUAAACGCUUUGGAUCUGCGGACAAGUCAAGGUAGUCAAGUACAUUCACAUCAUCUUUUACAUCACCCUUCUGCCAUGAGACACUCGGAACCUGUAAGAGACAUGUCUGCAAGCACGCCGUCUAUUCUCACAUAUGUUCCACAGCUUCCACAGCUCCCAUAUGACAACAACAUUGAAAUCACGGUUUCACGAAGAUUAAGCGCUGCCAGUCGAAAAAAUGCUGCUGCUGCUGUUGCUGCUCAAGCGGCACACAACCUUGGCUCGGUCACUCAUCCAUCUGCAAUCAUGCCAGGAGUCUCUCCGCCCCCAUCAAUGACACCUGAUGUGCCCGGUGGUUACGCAUCUGAACCAGCUCCCGAGCCAAUGACACGAAAUCCUUCGGGGCAGUCUCACCAGUCCUGGUCAACAGAGCCAGUCCGAUAUCCACCACCAAGAUUCUCACCCAUGCCCCCUCCCAACACCGGCAUUGCGCAGGCCGCACUGCCAACCGCACUCCCACAAAUCAUUCCUCAGCAACAUACUAUUUCAGGAACUGGGGGCUGGAUAGGAGAUAUACAACCGCAGCAGGCUAUGGGCAGUGCUAUUCAACCCGAUACUAGCUAUGCCGCGCAAACCAUGUUGAGAUCAAGCGUCCCGUUGGAUAACCAUCUAAAGGGCCUGGACUAUGGCUUGGAACCCGAACCCGCGCCGACAUUGCACUUUGGCGGACAUCAAGUGGAUGUGCGUGAUGCUCAACAGAGACUGUUUGGGCUUGGCCGGUUUCACGCACCGCGACAGGUCCCAGCAUAUCAACUAUAUCAUCCGAACCUCUCGGGGCCGUUAAUCCAGCACGAAGUGGCAGUUCCAUCGCCUGAGACGUACGCCGUGCGUGCGCGGAGCGGCAGUUCCCCCUCUCCACCUGUGUUUGACGGGUUAGGGUUGCAUUUAGGAUGAUGUGUUUGAUGCUUUUUUCGUUCUUUCUUUUUCUUUUUUGUUUUUGUUUUUCGUCAUCUGCUUGAGGCAGAUGGUUUUUCUCUAGACGUCAUGCAUGCAUACAGUGGAAAUUGGCGUUGACGGUUUGCAUUCGAGGGUGUUCAUUGUCCAAGGAUAUGAGAGCAUGCAGACAUGGAGUUUUUAUUGGGUUUGAUUCGGCUACGAAAUAAUGUUUGAUAGUUUUUUCUUUCUUUAUCUCUUUUUCAUAUUCCAAGAACAAGGAUAUCCAAAUCUUUUGGAGCAAAGGCACCGCUGCAGUAAAUAAUACCCAACAUCUACAUCAUGAACCAGAUUGACGAGGCCAAAACAAGGACAGCCUUGUAACAACCAUGGUAACCAACAGAUCAAUGACUUUAUAUGCAAAAUAAC